GGUCCCCCCCCACCACCGGCACUCCGCUCCCGCGCGCCACAGCCCCGUCCCACCAUGUCGUCAGGACUCCUCAAACUGGACAGUGAGCUGCGGACCAAGGUCGAUGCUUUCAGGGAGCGAAUCACCAGUGAAGCUGAAGACUUGGUUGCCAGUUUCUUCCCGAAGAAGUUGUUGGAAUUGGAUUGCUUCCUGAAGGAGCCGCUGCUGAAUAUCCAAGACUUGGCGACCAUUCACUCGGACCUGAACCUGCCUGUGCCCGAGCCCAUCGUCCUCUCCAACAGCCACGAUGGGUUGGACAGCGCGCAUAACGCAAAGAAGAGGAAACUGGAAGACAAUGAGAGUAAUUGCUCAGGCACCAAGGUCUUUGUGAUGCCGAACGGGAUGUUGAAGAGUAACCAGCAGCUGGUGGAGAUGAUCGAGAAGAUCAAGCCAGAGAUCCGCACCCUGAUGGAGAAGUGCAACACAGUUAAGAUGUGGGUGCAGCUCCUGAUCCCCCGAAUAGAGGAUGGCAACAACUUUGGAGUUUCUAUCCAGGAAGAGACUGUGGCAGAGCUACGCACGGUAGAGAGUGAAGCAGCUUCAUACCUCGACCAGAUCUCCAGAUACUACAUCACAAGAGCAAAGCUGGUGUCCAAGGUGGCUAAAUACCCACACGUGGAGGAUUACCGCCGUACGGUGUCUGAAAUCGACGAAAAGGAAUACAUUAGCCUGCGACUAAUCGUCUCUGAGUUGAGGAACCAGUAUGUGACGCUACAUGACAUGAUUUUGAAAAACAUCGAGAAAAUCAAGAGGCCAAGAAACAGCAACUCGGAGGCACUGUAUUAGCGAUCGGAUACUUUGCAAACCCGUCUCUGUAAACCCCUCUCCCUCCCCCUAACCCCCCACACACGUCCCACC